AUGAAUCUGGGAUUAGGAUCACUUGUGGCAUUGGCAGCAACUAUGACAGUGAUGGCUGGCAACAUACCAUUGACUAGAGUACAGAAGAGAUAUCAGUCUAAAAUCAUGGAUGCCAAAGAUGACAGGAUGAAAGCUACUUCAGAAGUGCUUCGAAACAUGAAGACCCUCAAGCUUCAAGCAUGGGACAGUCAUUAUCUUCACAAGCUAGAAAGCCUAAGGAAAACAGAGUAUAAUUGGCUAUGGAAGUCAUUACGAUUGUCAGCAGUAUCAAGUUUUAUUUUCUGGGGUUCUCCAGCGUUUAUAUCUGUGGUCACUUUUGGGGGGUGUGCUUUAAUGGGGAUUCCACUCACGGCAGGGCGAGUCUUAUCUGCACUGGCUACAUUCCGAAUGUUACAAGAUCCUAUAUUCAAUUUGCCUGAUUUACUCUCUGUCGUUGCACAGGGCAAAGUAUCUGCAGAUAGAGUUGCUUCUUACCUACAAGAAGAUGAAAUUCCGUCAGAUGCAACUGAAUCUGUUCCUAAAGAUCAAACAGAAUUUGACAUUCAGAUUGAUAGUGGAAAUUUUAGCUGGGAUACUGAAUCAAGACGCCCAACUCUUGACGGGAUACAGUUAAAAGUGAAGAGGGGAAUGAAGGUGGCCAUCUGUGGCACAGUAGGGUCCGGAAAGUCAAGUUUGAUCUCAUGUAUGCUGGGAGAAAUGCCCAAACUCUCAGGAAGAGUGAAGAUCAGUGGUAGAAAGGCCUAUGUUCCUCAGUCCGCAUGGAUACUGACAGGAAAUGUCAGAGAAAAUAUUCUCUUUGGCAAGCCUUACGAUAGUGUUAAGUAUGACAAAACUGUUGAAGCAUGUGCUCUGACAAAAGAUUUUGAGCUUUUCUCUGCUGGUGAUCUAACAGAGAUUGGAGAAAGAGGGAUAAAUAUGAGUGGAGGCCAGAAGCAAAGGAUACAAAUUGCUCGUGCAGUCUACCAGGAUGCCGAUAUAUAUCUGCUCGAUGACCCUUUUAGUGCUGUGGACGCCCAUACAGGCAGACAACUUUUUGAGGACUGCUUGAUGGGCAUUCUUAAGGACAAGACUAUCCUUUAUGUGACUCACCAAGUUGAGUUCCUCCCAGCAGCAGAUUUAAUUCUGGUGAUGCAAAAUGGAAGAAUUGCACAAGCUGGUACAUUUGAAGAACUUAUGAAACAAAAUAUUGGAUUUGAGGUUCUAGUUGGAGCUCAUAACCAAGCUCUGGAAUCAAUACUGACAGCGGAAAGCUCAAGCAGAACAACAGAACAUGCAACAACUGAUGGUGAAUCCAAUACAGAGCCCGGGCCAGAUGCAGAAUUUCCACCCACUAAGCAAGACUCGAGGCACAACCUCUGCGUUGAGAUAACAGAAAAGGAAGGGAGAUUGGUGCAGGAUGAAGAGAGAGAGAAAGGAAGCAUUGGAAAAGAAGUUUACUGGUCUUACCUUACCACUGUGAAAGGUGGUGCCUUAGUUCCAAUCAUAAUUCUGGCCCAGUCAUCAUUCCAAAUAUUGCAGAUAGCGAGCAACUACUGGAUGGCAUGGGCUUGUCCAACAGGCAAUACUGAGCCAACAAUUGCGAUGAAUUUCAUAUUGCUUGUUUACAUGCUUCUUGCCGUUGGAAGUUCUAUUUGUGUGCUGGUUCGAGCCACAUUAGUGGCUAUAACGGGCCUCCAAACAGCACAAAAGCUCUUCAGCAACAUGCUGAACAGUUUCCUCCGCGCUCCCAUGGCAUUCUUUGAUUCAACCCCAACUGGAAGAAUCUUAAAUCGGGCAUCUACAGACCAAAGCGUACUCGACUUGGAGAUGGCAAACAAAUUAGGUUGGUGUGCUUUCUCAAUAAUUCAGCUUCUGGGGACCAUUGCCGUCAUGUCCCAGGUAGCAUGGGAAGUAUUCAUCAUCUUCAUUCCUGUAACGGCCAUCUGCAUAUGGUACCAACAAUAUUACAUACCAACAGCAAGAGAACUAGCCCGCUUAUCAGGGAUACAAAGAGCUCCGAUCCUCCAUCACUUUGCAGAAUCACUUACAGGAGCUGCUACAAUUCGUGCUUUUGACCAAAAGGACCGCUUCAUUGACGCAAACCUCCUGCUCAUUGACAAUCACUCUAGGCCAUGGUUUCAUAAUGUGUCAGCAAUGGAAUGGCUUUCUUUCAGACUGAACCAGUUAGCAAAUUUUGUUUUCGCCUUCUCCCUCGUUGUACUUGUGACCCUCCCUGAAGGAAUUAUUAAUCCAAGCCUUGCAGGGUUGGCAGUAACAUAUGGAAUUAAUUUGAAUGUGUUGCAAGCUUCAGUUAUAUGGAACAUAUGCAACACAGAAAAUAAAAUGAUAUCAGUUGAGAGAAUUCUACAGUAUUCAAAUAUUUCGAGUGAAGCACCUCUGGUGAUUGAAGAUUGCAGACCACCGAACAACUGGCCAGAUAAUGGAACAAUUUGCUUCACAAACUUAAAGAUUCGUUAUGCCGAACAUCUACCAUCUGUCUUGAAAAACAUUUCCUGCACCUUUCCAGGUCGGAAGAAAGUUGGUGUAGUCGGAAGGACAGGGAGCGGUAAAUCAACCCUCAUCCAGGCCAUCUUUCGGGUUGUGGAACCUAGAGAAGGAAGCAUCAUAAUUGACGAUGUAAAUAUUUCCAAGAUAGGCAUUCAUGAUUUGAGAUCCAGGCUAAGCAUUAUUCCACAGGACCCAACAAUGUUUGAGGGAACAGUUCGAGGGAACCUCGACCCACUAGAGCAACAUUCUGAUGCUGAAAUAUGGGAGGCUCUGGACAAAUGUCAACUAGGUGAACUAGUGCGUACAAAGGAAGAAAAGCUGGAAUCUACAGUGGUAGAAAGUGGAGAAAACUGGAGCGUUGGUCAACGGCAGUUAUUCUGUCUGGGAAGGGCCUUGCUAAAGAAAAGCAGCAUUCUUGUGCUAGAUGAAGCAACAGCAUCAGUUGAUUCUGCAACUGAUGGAGUGAUACAGAAGGUCAUUAGUCAGGAGUUUAAAGACCGAACUGUUGUCACAAUUGCACACAGGAUCCAUACGGUUAUAGAUAGUGAUCUUGUCUUGGUCCUUAGUGAUGGAAGGAUAGCAGAGUAUGAUACACCAGCAAAGCUACUGGAGAGAGAGGAUUCUUUCUUCUCAAAACUGAUAAAGGAGUACUCCAUGAGGUCACAAAAUUUCAACAGCUUAGCGAAGUUACAACAUUGAAUCCGGAUCUCCAGAAUAGAGAAGUCAUAAGUGAAUGGUUCAAAGAGAGACCAAUAGUCAAGGGUAGUAAAGUGCCUACUUAAGCCAAAAAAAAUUGGAUCAUCUCUCAGCCAUGACACAGAUGAAAGAUCCACUGCCUUAAAAUGUAAGGAAUUUCUUGGUAGCAGUAACGUUUGGUAUUGGACACUUCAAGCAGGAAAUCAUUUGUCAUUAUGAUUCAAAGGGUAUCAUUUCGUGACAAAAUCAAAAUAAAGAAAGACAGUCUUUCCAAAGCUCUCGUAGAAUUGUAUGAGGUCUAGGAACAUACUUUUAGAAAAAAUAGCAAUACACCACGUGUGUUGUAUGUGAAUAAAUUUAAG